UUCCGGCUGCGCAUGUGCAAUGACUUCUCGCCAUGUUGUCAUGUUUGUUUUGGAAGGCUGAGGUCAUAGUACACUGACAAUGUGCAACACAUUGGGUAAAAUUGUACUACCAUAGAGGUGCAGAUUCUAUAAGAUUUCCUGGACAUAUCAGUGAAAUAAUGAAAGAGGUUCUUACUCAAACACAGUUAAAAAAUUUAAAAGAGCACAAGUACAGUGCUACGGGACAGUCGCUUAUUGAGCCGUGGUUCCAAAUUUACUGGCGAUGGCUGAUUGAACAAGUUCCCGUGACAUGGGCACCAAAUAGCAUCACACUGCUCGGACUUGUUAUUAACAUAGUGACCACUCUUCUAUUAGUUGUAUGUUCUCCAGACAGUGUAAGAGAGGCUCCUGGAUUCGUAUACCUCUUGUGUUCCUUGGGCCUGUUUAUCUACCAGUCCCUUGAUGCCAUAGACGGAAAGCAGGCCCGCCGAACCAAAACCAACACCCCUCUAGGAGAACUGUUUGACCAUGGGUGUGACUCAAUCUCAACAGUGGUUGUUGGACUUGGUGUGUCCGUUGGCUUGGAGCUAGGCAGAAACCUGUACUGGAUGAUGUUUGAAUUCUUCAUGGCCAUCUUCCUCUUCUACAUGGCUCACUGGCAGGCAUAUGUCACGGGGACUCUACGGUUCUCACAGUUUGAUGUCACAGAAACUCAGUUUAUGAUCAUUGUAUUACACUUUGUCAACUUUUUAUUUGGAUCUCAUAUAUGGAACUUCAAGUUGCCUCUAUUAGGGAUUCCGCUACGUAUGGCUAUGGUGUAUUUUAGCCUCGGUCCUGCAUUUCUUCAGUUAUAUAACAACGUUGGCAUCAUUUUACAAGGUGGCACCGGGAAAAAUAAGUCCACUAUAGCUGGAACCAGCACGAUAUUCCCAGCAUUUCCUAUAGGAAUUGUGAUAGCUUUAGCUGUGAUGAUAGCGCACAAAUCUCCAUCACAUUUAUUUGAAAAUAAUCCCUGUCUCUACCUCCUUAGUUUUGGCAUAUUGUCAGCAAAGGUCAUCAACAGAUUGAUAGUAGCUCACAUGACUAAGAGUGAAAUGGACCUAUUGGACUCGGGAAUUUUAGGUCCACUUCUCUUGUUCUUAAAUCAAUACUUUAACUGUUUAAUAAAUGAAACAUUUGUCCUGUGGAUUUGCUUUUUUUACGUUUCCCAGGACAUCUUGCGAUAUUGUAUGGCAGUGUGCCAACAGAUUUGUCAGUUUUUAGGGAUAUAUUGUUUUGACAUUGUGACACCAUAUCAUGGAAAAAAGUCCGGUAAGCAAUCAUGAAGAAAUAUGUUGGCAUCAAGUCAAGAUGGCAGGGUACGAAGGUCUUCAGACAAAUUUUCAGCGUAAGAACAAUUCAGGCCAGAAGAGUUGCCGAAUUCAACUGGAACAGAUGCUUUCAUUUUAUUGUGUGAAUGAGGUGGACAAUCAUCCAAUCAUGUGAUUUUUAAAUUUCGGGGUAUGAAAGUGACAACUCGUGUUAUGGCCAGGGUUUACAUAUUUUAUAGCUUGUUAGGUAUCAGUUUAUGCUUCUUCUUUUUUCUUUCUUUUUUUUUUUUAAAUAUAUAGCUUUCUACUUUGCUUCAUUGUUUUUCAUUUUUAAAAUAUCGUUUGUGGAGUGUUUGAGAAGUUGGGUGAUUUAGUCACAUUAUGCAAUACAUUAAGAUAUAUACUCAGCCAUUUCCAUAGUAACACAGUUACUCUGUUGAACAUAUUAUUGGACAUUGUCAUUCACUAAUAUUACGUUUUGAUAUAUUUUUUCUAUAAAUUCUAUAGAGAAUAUUUUGGCUUUUAUUAAGCCCUAAAAGCUCACACUGUAAAUGUCUGGGUUUUACAUCACUUCUGAUUGCAAGUAAAGGUGGAAACUCAAUUGUGACAUCACAUCUGUUUACAAAUAAUAAUGGUCAUAAAUAUUUCGUCUGCUUCUGGUAAUGUUAAUGAAUGUGCACUUCUAGAAUUAAGAUUAUACAGAAUUUUAAAAAUAUUUGAUAAAAAGGUUAUUGACUAAAUGUUGUGUUUGGGUAUCUCACUUUACUGCACAGAGACUGGGCGGGCAUAUUUGCCAAUAUUAAGUCACUAUAACCUAUAAUUAUCAGCAGCUGAGAAAAGUAUAAUUGAAAGAUAAUCAUAUUCAUUGUUUCUUUUUAAAAAGAAAAGCUCAAUAAAGAAUGCUAGUCUCAUAUAGCUCAAAUAAGAAGUGAAAAGACCCAUUGGUUAGAAUGAAUUGGAUUUGGAGGCCGAACAUCACAAGUCUGGCUGCAGAUCUGUAACCAGUGUAAUAUCACACUCACAGAACACUCAAUAUUUGGUUUACCUUGACAACCUUUCACUUUUUAACUAUAUAUUUCAAGUUAAUGAUUGUCGAGGGUUUGAUAUUUACCAUAUUUAGGGGGAAUGUUCAUUGCCAAGUUACUAUAUUUAUAAAUCUAGCAUGGACCCAUGCAUUGAAAAUGUCAGUGAUAUAUAGUACCAGUCGCGCUUGUGAUAUACUGCAAGUGGUCUACAUUUUGAAGAGGAAUUCCUAGUUAAUUCUAUUCAGCAGGUCAAUUUCUAAGAAUUUUCAUAGAAUAUGUCAUCGACAGAUGAGAUAUUUAGUAUAAAUCAAGCCUUACUUUGGAUGCUGUAUAUUACCUAUGUUUUGCAGAUGAAUGACUAAGGUCUUGUUUUUUGGAAUAAGUUUAAUUUUAACUUUAAAUCUUGUAGCUCAUAAUUUUAUGUUCAUGUGUAAUGCUGCUAAAUCUCUUAUCUGAGAAAUGUUGUGAUACAUAUGUACAUGCAACAUCUGAGACGUGACUGGUACAUGUAGUGUAAAAGUGUUAUUGCUGUGUGUUACUCUCGAUAUUCUUAAAAUUCUUGUUAAUGUAAAUAGUAAUAGUAUGUGUGCAGUCAGAACUGUUAUAAACUAUUCUUACCUGAUAAUCCCAAUUCACCAGAAACAGUGUUUAUCAGAUUUCAUCAGAGGGUCAAGAGGGGUCAGGAUCCCAGCUGGUAUUUAACAAAAAAUACAUUUUUUGAUGCAAUUUAAGGUCAACAGGUAUGAAAAAUUUAAACACUUGAUUGGUCGGACCCUGGAUGAGAAAAAUUGUACGAGUUCUUAAAUUUCUGAAUGCACAGAUGUUUGUGCUGAAUUUAUAUGGUACACGGUCUCUGUUACAUACAUACUUCUGUGUCUCACAAACUGUAUUCUUUAUCACCCAUGGAGCAGUGAAUGGUAAUAAGUAAUGAAACUAGCUGGUGGAUCCAAGUUCUGUAUGAAGAAUUUAUUCAGAGAUAGGAACUGUUGUAAGCAGGCUGAGAUGUCAUUGGUGCUGCGAUUUCUAGUCCUGCUUCCGAGUUAGCUAGGUUAACGUCCAGCCAUUUUAAUCUGGUAGUAAUUGUACACAAGGCGGGUAACAUUCCAUAAGACAUUACAUAUUUUUGUAUCAAUGCCAGAAAAUGAAAUAUAAGAUUUGUAUUCAGUAGGUUAGGAAGAUGCACUCAUUGAAUUGCAUGAUCAGUUAAUACAACUACCGGUGUAAUCAGUUUGUAAGUCAAGAGCCUUAGUUCAAGUUUACAUUGCUGUACAGCACUAUUUAUUGUAUUAUGAGCGUGUUUAUAUGAAUAAUGUCAAAAGAUUGAAUUAGAAUUUUAUGUGUUGUCUGUGGAAUUUUGGUCACAUGAUAUCUCAAUGAGUCCCAAACAUACUAAGUAUUCAUUUGCAAGUUCUUGUAUUUCAGUUUUUACCAAAAAAAAAUUAUUAAUAUGAUAAUAUAUCAGGGCCGGUAUUCAUAUAGAUUUUAAGAAUAAUCUUAUACUUGUACAGUCUAAGACUGUAUAUGAAUCCCAGCCCAGGACCAUGUCAGAAAUGAAGCAUUUUAGUAUGUGCAGUCCUUUUUUCCCCACUGAAAAUGUCAUUUGCUAGUGUUUUGUUCUAAAUACAUUGAGUACAUUGGGUAACAUGGUUUUCCUACCAGAGAAUCAUGUUAGAGAGAGUAGCAACAGAGUAAUCAGGUCCUGCUAUUUGCACUACAGAGAAGAAAAUGAUGCAAGAAUGUGCACUCUUUAUCAAAAGUUCGGGGAAAAGUUGUGCAUUUAUGAUAACCACUGGCACUUUGCGAUAUAUAAAUAGCAUGUAUAGAGAACGCUGGGUACAAAAACUUGGUUAAACUUUGUAAACCUUGUGUGAAAAUAUCAGAUGCCAUUGUUGGGGAUUAGAUAAGGCUAUUUCUACAUAAUAACAAGAAUGGAUGCAUCCUUAGUCCCUGUAUUUGGCAUACACAUUUCUCUUGUGGCCCUCCACAAGUGUUUUGAGUGAUCUGAAUUACAGUGUAACUGCCAUUGGUUUCUCGGAAUGGUUCAAUCUUUUAGAUUCGCCAUAUCUGGUACAACAUUGCUCCCUAUUGGUCUCAAAAUAAGUAUUGAUAAUUAUGGGGGUCUCAAUUCCUGUAUAAGGCUUUCAACUUUCAACUGGCUAAGAAAAAAAUCUUUUCUCUCUCUCCAGAACCAGUAUGCGCCCUUGUGUUCUUUUCAUUUUAACUUGAUUGAAGUUAUUUGGCCCCAGUAUUCAGGCUCCAGAAAGCCUUCAGCUCUGGUUCAAAGAUAUUGACUAAUGAAUACUUCUAAUACUGGAAAAUAUUCACACAAAGGGCCUUUUCAUUGUGCUAUUCUAGUUGUAAGCUCAUUAACAGAGGAAAAGUAUCAUUACUUGCCAGGGAUUGUUCUGUUUAUUGUGCAUGUUUAAUUGUUAUUUCCUGAGUGAUAUUUGAUGGAAAGACAGUACUCUGAAUGAAAAUUAUUGUAAUUGCCAGAUUUAGAAGUAUUUAUGUAAUGGAUAUUCCCCCUGACAGUGUGUAAAUCAUUUAUAUGCAACAGCUUCUAUAGAUAUACCCUAAUUCCUUGAAAAUAAACUGCGGUUUUAUGCAAGUCACUUACCAGUAGUGUUGGUAAGAAAAUGGGGCUUAUUUUCAAUUGCAAAGCCAUCUUAUUUUCAAAUCAGUUUGAAAAUGAAUUUUAAAAAAGUACUGUUUCAAAUUAUUUAACAAUCAUGAAAUAAAAAGAUUAGAUAUAAUUUUUCAUGAGCUAAAGCUCAAGACAACUUUUCAUGGGGUCAAAAUUUUUAUGGGAAUAAAGAUUGCAAAAAACUUGCAAAUAUCACAACAACAGCAGAGCCUAGGUAACUCACAUGAGCAAUGUGGCCAAUGGGCCUCUUGUGUAUUUAGAAAACUGUUUUUACAAAUUGAAGGAAAAAGAAAUUAAUUAUUUAUAUAAACGACUCCUUUUAAAUUGCUUAAUCAAAGUAGGGCUUGUUAUCAUAGCUGACUUAUUUUAUCACUGCGGGGAAAUGGGGGGGGGGGGGGGGGGGGGGGUUAUUUUCAAAACUAGCUAGUUUUCAAGGUUUUGGGGUACAUUGUAUUCCUCCACUAUGAUGGGCCUUUAUAUGGAGACAUGCUAUGAAAUAGAAUGUUUAAUAUUGUAGCCAUUCUGUGCAAAUAAAUCAGAUAAUCUUUAUUAUACAUGAUAUAUUUCAGGCACUAAGUGAUGUUUCUCCUGUAUAUUUCAUUGUGUAGGAUUGAUAACUUCAGGAUCUACUUCAGUCAUUUGGCAAUUUGAUUUUGAAAUCCACACUUUAUUAAGUGUGUACUAGAUGCACUUAGUGAAAAUUAAAAUGUUCACAUCAUGAUUUUCAUGAUGUCCAUUUUAUUCAUUUGAAAUUGUUUAGGUCUAGUUUAAAAGUGUACCAUAAUAAAGGUCAGUCUAUAUUCAUUUGUCCCUCUCUCUCUCUCUUCCCAAUAAAACAAUGCAAAGUUUUUCUUUUUGAGUUUUCAAAGAAUUUAGAAGUUUUUGCUUUUUAAUUUAAAACAGUUGUAUAUCUGUGAUUUUUAUUUCAUCAAAUUAUUAAUAAAUAUAUUGAUAUGUGAA